GAGUAGAGACCACACAUUUAGAGAUAGGGAAGUGAAAAAAGCAUUACAAAGCCAGUGCAUUUUUAUCACCUGGAAACAUAAACACCGUACGGGGUAUAGUUUUCUUCUGCUUCAUCAAUGGCUUUUGUGUUAUGGGAAACUUUGAAAGAAUCAAUCACAGCAUACGCAGAUCUCUCACCUGCGACUUUGCUUGCAUCUCUAACCUUGGGACUUGCCUUGUUCUACGCUAUUUCGGUGAUGUUGAGGCCUUCUGCUCAGCCACAGCAGCAAGUCAAUAAUGAAGUUACAACUAGGCAAUUAGCGGCUGUCACUUCAUUCCCUCCAUGGGAUGUCUUUUUGAGUUUUCGUGGCCAAGACACUCGCAAAAAUUUCAUUGGACAUCUUUACCAUGCUUUGGAUCAGGCCGGGAUUGUAACUUUCAGAGAUGAUCCUGCACUUGAAAAGGGUCAAGAGAUUUCAUCAGGUCUGCGUGAAGCAAUCAGAACUUCUAAGAUGUUUCUACUUGUUAUCUCAAAGAACUAUGCUGAUUCGUCGUGGUGCCUUGAUGAGCUUGUAGAGAUCCUGAGUUGCAAGAGAACAAACAAUCAGGUUAUUCCGGUGUUUUACUAUGUUAAUCCAUCAGAUCUACGACACCACACGGGGAGUUUUGGUGUAGCUCUCAAAAAGCAUAGGAAGCGUCACUCCGUUGAUAGGAUUCAAAAGUGGAAAUCUGCACUUACUGAAGUCGCAGAUUUAUCAGGAUACCAUUUGGAACACAUGAAAAAAGAGAGUGAAGCAGAUACAAUUCAAAAUAUUGUUGAGAUCGUAUUGUCACAAGCAUCGACAAAGGUCAUACACCUUGAAAGAUUUCUAUAUGGGAUAGAUCAUGUUGUCGAAGAGAUAUAUGGACAACUAAGCAUGGAGUCAUAUGAUGUUCGUGCCCUUGGAAUAUGCGGCAUGGGUGGAAUUGGGAAAACGACGAUAACCAAGGCCUUCUACAACAAGUACGCCCACGAAUUUGAUAUAAGUUGUUUUAUGGAAAAUGUCAAACAGAGUUCACAGGGAGCUAGUCCUCCACUUUCUUUACUUCACCAACUCUUGAGAGAGCUUCUCAGAGUGAAGGAUUUGAAGUUCCGUGAUUCUGAAAGUGCACUACGAAAAUUGAGAGAGAUUCUAAGUUCUAACAAAGCUCUCAUUGUUUUUGAUGAUUUGGACCAGACAAAUUAUUCGGAAUUGGUAGUAGAGAUUUGCAAGAUGUUGUCAGAUGGUAGCAGAAUGAUAAUUACGGCAAGAGAUUUAAACCUACCAAAUCAACUGAAAGUAGAAAUGUCAAAAGUAGAUACAUAUGUGGUGAAGCGUCUGAAUGAAAGCAAUUCACUAGAGCUCUUUAGCUAUCACGCCUUCAAAAAAUCAAAGCCUCCCGGAAGAUACUUAGCUCUGUCUAAAAGCGGUAGGACAGAUGUGUCAUUCUGGAAAGUAAAAUUGGAAAAAGUUAAAAAAAUUCCAAUGGAAAAUAUCCAAAAGAUCCUUCAACUGAGUUACGAUGAGUUAGAAGAUGACACACAUAAGGCUAUUUUUCUUGAUAUUGUUUUCUUCUUCCUGGGAAAGAAGAUAGAUGAGGCUGUUGAUGUAUUCAGAUCUUGUGAUUUUUUUCCGGAGUGUGGGAUACCAAUUCUAGUUGAAAGAUGUCUACUAACUAUUGAUUUCGAUAACAGGCUUCGAAUGCAUAAUCUUAUACAAGACAUGGGAAGGAACGUUAUUCAUGAACAAUCCAAACAUGGCAGGUGCCGUCGCUUGUACUUGGAUCAUGAAGAAGCAUCUCAGGCUUUGCCAAAUCAGGACAUGGAUAAAAUUGAAGCCCUCCUCAUAGAUUGUACACUGUCUACCAACAAAUACUGCCAUGCCGAGCUAUUUGAAAGGUUGCCAAACUUGAGAUUAUUAAAAUUAGUUGAUGUCUAUGAUAUCAAAGGAAAUUUCAAAACUUCAUUUCAUGAGUUGAGGUGCAUAAGUUGGCAUGGUUGUCCUUGGAUGCAUUUACCUUAUAGCGUUCGCAUGCAAAAGCUUGUUUUCUUGGAUAUGCCAUUUAGCAGACUUGAAAGAUUGUGGAAGAUUGCUAAGUUGCCAUCCUUGCGUCACUUGAAUUUGGAAGGAUGCAAAUACUUGAAGGCAUUGCCCCACUCAAUUGGACGCUUGACUGCUCUAUACCAUUUGAAUCUGAAUGAUUGUGUGAAUCUAAAACGACUUCCCAAACCCAUCACACAAUUGACUACUCUGAGCAGUUUGAAUAUGAGGAAAUGCAGCAAUCUGAAACUAUUGCCGGAGCAGUUGGGUGAUUUGAAAUGCUUAAAGAUGCUUGAUGUAAGUUUAACAGCAAUUGAGCAACUGCCAGAUUCAAUUGCUCACUUGAAGAAAUUAGUUUAUUUCAAGUUGGAAGGUAGCAAGCAGCUUAGAAAGUUACCUGAGCAAUUUGGGAACAUGGAAGCCUUGGAGGAAUUUAAUGCAUGUCACAGUGGAAUCGAACAACUGCCAGACUCGUUUUCAAACCUGCUUAAAUUGAGAUCUCUGAAUCUGAGAGGAUGUUCAGAGCUGAAGAGAUUGCCUGAGCAGUUGGGGAAGAUGCAGUGUCUAGAAAGGCUGGAAGCAUCUUAUACAGCAAUUGAAGAAUUACCGGAUUCUAUUGGACUACUGCCUAGGAUACAAGUGUUGAAUUUCGGUGAAUGCAAGAAGCUUAGAAAGUUACCUGAGCAAUUUGGGAACAUGGAAGCCUUGGAGGAAUUGGAUGCAGGUGGCAGUGCAAUCGAACAACUUCCAGACUCGUUUUCAAACCUGCUUAAAUUGAGAUCUCUGAAUCUGAGUUACUGUUCAGAGCUGAAGAGAUUGCCUGAGCAGUUGGGGAAGAUGCAGUGUCUAGAAGAGCUAUAUGCAUCUGAUACAGCAAUUGAAGAAUUACCGGAUUCUAUUGGACUACUGCCUAGGAUACAAGCGCUGAAUUUCGGUGAAUGCAAGAAGCUUACAUAUGUUCCAAAUAGCAUCUGCAAUCUUAAAUCACUUGAAUAUUUAAAUCUUUUCAUCGGUGAGGACAUAAUAAAAUUUGAGUUGAUUGAGGCUGUGAAUGAUAUGAAGUUGGAGUACCUGAGUCUGAGUUGUAAUAUAAGAGUUUGGUUGCCCAUCAUUCUAAGCUUCUCUUCUCCGAGAAUAUUAAGUCUCCGUGAUGAGUGCGGGAGUCCCUCCCCAACCAAACCCUUUAGUUUCUUUCAGCUUUUCAACCUUCAAGUACUUACUUUGACUAACAGUACAAGUCACGGGUCCUCCUUUCCCGAACUACCACUCAAUUUAAAAGAGUUGAUCGUAGAUAAGCACGCUUCACUGGAACAAGUACCUGAUUUGUCCUACCUCAAACACUUGAAUGAGAUGUCCAUCAUCAGAUGCUGCAGCCUUCAAUCUCUCCACAAACUUCCACCUCAUGUUGAAUUCCUUACAGUUGAAGAUUGUACAAGCCUACAAGACUUCCCAGAUGUGUCAAUGUUGAGCGAUUUAAAACGACUGAAUGUUUUGCGCAACGGCAGCAAUUUAAAAGUCAGUUUAGAGAAGAAUCACCUUCAGCUAGGAAGAGGGUAUAACAAAGCAUUUAGCGCUGCUCUACAAAACAGGGAAAUUGCAGAGUGGUUCGACUAUAAAAACAGGGAAGGCUGCACACUAUCUUUUCAUGUUCCUCCAAACUUGGGAGAUCACUUCGUGGGUGUCGCCUUCUGGGUUGUUUAUAAAUGCUCCUAUGAGGGAUGGUCAGAAGUUGAAGCUGUUAUUACAAAUAUAACAGAGGGUAUCACAAUCAGAUAUACUAUAUCAUAUACUCAGCCGCCUUAUGAUAGAAUAAGUGACGCACAAUCCACGGUAAAUUGGAUAACGGCAGAGGACAUCCCAAUAAAGAGCGGAGACAAAAUUAUGAUUUCUUUUGAGGUGAUGGGCCUUUGUCCUGGAACAGAAGUGAAUAUGUGCGGGGCUCACAUACUAAAACAGCCUAACAUCAUAGCCAGAUAGAUACUCCCUCCGUCCCCCUGAAUUGUAUACAUUGGGGGACGGGGACGCGGCACGGACUUUAAUGCUCCUGUAAAGUGUAGUUGUGUAAUUUAUUUUUAAAAUUUUCUUUUUCUGAAUUAAAGUUUGGAUGUUAUAUUUUUAUUCAGAAAAAGAAAAUCUCAAAAAUACAUUACGGAACUAUAUUUUAUAAGAGCAUUGAAAUGCGUGUCGAGCAGUUGAAAAGAAACGUAUACAAUUAAAUGGGACAGAGGGAGUAUUAUUAAUUUUGACUUUUUAAGAAAAUGUUGUAUAAUUAUAAAUCUUAAAAUUAGAUGAUUCAUCUGGAUAAAAACUCUACUAAAUAUAAUAUUUAUUCGUGUGUA